CUUGACUAGUGCGCUAAAAACACCUCUUUAUCUCGUUACCAGAAAAAUCAAACUCGUUUACACCACUAUGAAUAAGGGAAGGAAAGGCCCGUUUUAACAGACGAUUAAGAAUGGCCCUGCUUGGAUACAGAGAGUAACAGACAAUUACGAAAGAAACUGGGUGGGGGCUGCGCAUCAAAAGAAUGGAGAACGAAGGCGAUAAGGAAGAGAGGCCAAAUCUGGGGAGCCAUUCCCAUGGUAACCUCGUGGCUGCCUCCGGUGACGAAAAUCUUAAGGAAAUCUUUCAUCAUAUCAGGACCUCCAGAGCCCCUGCAGUUAUCAACUACGGUGCAUCUUGGUGUCAUGUUUGCAGCCAGAUAUUUCCUGCAUUCUGCCAGUUGAGUAACAAGUUUCCCAAGCUUUCCUUUGUGUAUGCUGAUAUUGAUGAAUGUCCAGAUACAACAAAGCAUAUUCGGUAUACGCCAACUUUUCAUUUUUAUAGAGAUGGUGAAAGGGUUGAUGAAAUGUUUGGUGCUGGUGAAGAGCGAUUGCAUGACCGCCUGUGGUUGCACUCUUGAAAAACAAUUCACCUUUUGCAGUAACUGAGCAUGAUGAAGAAUAUUUCAUCCAUCAUAAGAUGUGCCAUCUGCCAAUAUCUUCAUCCUGCUAUGCCAUCACUGAUAUGUUUUUGUUUUUUUGAGUUUGCCUAGAUUGUAAAUUAUUCUGCUACACAUGAUCUUGUGGCUUUCACAGCUACCAUCUGAUUCGUCGUGUAUGUAAAGAUAAAUUGGACGUUUACUGAGAUCCUUUUCCCCCUUCUGUGGUGGAUGAAGAAAAUCGUUGUUUAAGUA